AUGCGCUUGAAUUUAUUCCUUGCUACUCUGCCCUUACUCUCGCUCUCUUCUCAGGUCUCCUUCGGGACACGGCCAUCCUUCUCCAAGACUCUGAUAGACCUUCUAGGCGAUGACCCAGACUACCUAUCCCUCCUGAAACUCAUUCAACACGCUCGCCUAGUCCCCACUCUUAAUCGUUUGGAAAAUGGUACUCUAUUUGCACCAACUAACGAUGCCAUCGAAAAGCACCGUCCGUCUAAUCCUUUGUGGAACUCCAUCCUCGGAAAUUCAAGUUUUGUAAUAAACGACAACAUCCGGAAUCAACUACGCCAGCAAUUAUUUUACCAUAUUAUAAACUUAUACCUGGCCCUUCCUAAGGAUUCGGAGGCAGUGCAAGUUUUGAAGACGUUGCAUUAUCCUCAAUCACCCCUCGAACCACCGACACAUGACCCACCUCCUUAUCCUCCAUGGAUGCCUAUUCCAGGAGGUACUCUUGGUGGCGAACCACAGCGGCUCCGGCUGAUUUCUCGAGGAGAACGUACCUGGGUUGGCGUUGAUGCCCUCGGUAAUGGAGGAGCCAAGAUUGCCGGCAGUGCAACGGCGGCGAACGGCGUGCUCUUUGGAAUUAAAGGUGUCCUAGAACCACCUCCAGACCUUGCCGUUGUCGUCUCUCGCAAUUCUGCUGUAUCCUACUUCCACAAAGUCCUGACACCCGAAAUAACUCGGAUAUUAAACUCAACUGCGGCAUUGACUGUAUUUUUACCGGUCAAUAAGGCUUGGGAAUCAUUAGACAGAUACGAACGGCUGUAUCUUGAGAGUCGAUACGCGACUGACGAUCUCAACAUGAUAUUGAAAAUGCAUGCUGUCGCUGACAAGGACGUUGUUUGGUCAGAAACGUUCGCCCCAUCGGUAAAAUUGACCACGAUAGAUGGUACUACCCUCGAGGUUAAGGUCACCCCUGAGAAGACGACGGUGUCGACGGCGACACUAAUCCAACCAGACAUCUAUGCAUCCAACGGCGUCCUACACUUCGUUGACUCACUUCUGAUUCCACCUGGAGUUUUCACGAUGACCCCCGAGAAGUAUCUUCUCACCUUGGAGUGCUCAAAAUUCGUUUCCCUCAUACAUGAAACCGACCUUACCUUCCUUAUCAAUGACACCGAUGCACAAUACACGAUUUUAGCUCCCAGAGAUGACGUUAUAUCGUUUUUUGGUAGCGGCGGCUUACCCGAACGAGGCUCCGAUGAGAUGAAGAGGAUGAUACUGUACCAUUUUUUGCCAGGGCAUUAUACUCCCAAGAAACUAAAGGCUGGAAUGUUAGUGGAGACCGCCCUCGAAGAGAAAGGACUCGAUGGUCGGAAGCAAGUAUUAGCUGUUGAAGCUGGUGAGGGUGAAAACGGUGAUUCUUGGAAAUCACUCAAGUUUGGUGGUGCAAGUGUGGUCCAUGAACCAGUUGAAGUAAAUAACGUUCUGAUUUACUUCAUCUCCAAACCUAUCAAUCCCCCUUCGGACGUACUCGCCACAGCUUUACCAAUGCUCGACCAUUCCUCCUUCGUUGCUGCGAUUCUAUCCACUUCUAUCAGCGACACGUUCAAAAACACCUCAAGUACGACUUUGCUGCUUCCCAAUAACGGCGCUUUCACACGAUUGGGCCUGCUCGUUAGCAAGCAUUUGCUUGCCCAGUCCAACAAGGCAGACUUGGAGAAGGUACUGUUGCAUCAUACCCUAGCCACCGUGCAAUACGCGGAUGCAUUGCAAAGUGGAACUAAACAUAGUUUUGCCACCUUGGAGGAGUCUGACUUGACAAUCAGUCGGAAAGAUAAUGGAACUAUCUUCGUGAGUGCAAGCGGUGGUUGGGCUGGGAUGAAGUCCGAACUUCGCCCUCGUAAUAUCCUAACGCAAACGGGGGUCAUACACGAGUUAUCGGAUAUACUUAUUCCCAGAUCCAUGGAACUCAAUGUCGGGAAAUUGGUCAAGGUAGCUGAUGGCAGCACCAUGGGCAGUUUACUAGUCAAGGCAGGCUUCGGUUGGGUCUUAGAUGGCACAGCUCCUCCGGAGGAUUCGCCGUGGGCUGAUCAAGGUCUGGAUGGCGCCGCAUGGACGUUGUUAUGUCCUACUGACGGCGCUUUUGAUGGAUACAACUUGACCGAGCUGUCCAGUGACAUGAACGGACUUGUAACGUUGGUCAGCCAGCACCUCAUACCAACCCCUUUCAAGAAGGGUGAGAAGAAGAGUGGGGAGACUCCGUUAGAUAUGGAAGACCCCUUGAACAACAAUCGACCAUUACUGCUCGACCACUCAGUCACAUACUCCACUCUUCGUUCUUCCGCAUCUGCAUACGGGGACGUCGUAUUUAAGAAGGACGGUGAGGCGGAGGGAGGCUACGUUAUUGGCAUCAAGAACGCGAGAGGGACGGACGGGAAAUCGGACUGGGCAAGAGUUGAGUCCUGGGGACGAUCAACAAAUGGAAGGGGCACUGGGGGAGUCAUACAGAUUGACCGGUUGCUUGUGCCAUACCAACCACCAUGGUGGCUCGAGUAUGGUGCCCCGAUUGUAGUAGGAGUAGUCGGCGGUUCCUUGAUAUGUGGUUUCUUCUACGUCGUUCGACUCGUUUGGAGAAGAGACACCACAGAAGCAACUUAUGAACCUGUUGGAGGAUUCGCAACAGACGAUGACGAAGAGUCAUGA